GGGGCGCCAGCAGGGCUCCGAGCUCGAGCUCGGGGCUCGUCGGGGCCCUGCCCGCAGGCAGCGGGGCGCGCCGGGUCCUGCCGGCAUGGGCACCGCGUGCUCGGCGCCUCCAGUGGACGCGGGCACGGAGAUCAAGGUAACGGCUGCCGACGCGGCCCCCGGCGCCGAGCAGCCCGCGGGCGUCGGCGUGGCCGCCGACGCAUCGACCGGCAAGUCUUCGGAUCCGAUCACGACCAACGCGUCGAACGCGUCGAACGCGUCGAACGGCAUUGCGAGCGGCCUGUCGAACCGCCUCAAGGCGAGCCUGGAGGCAAAGGCCUCGGCCCACGUCGAGAAGCACACGGGGAAAACGCCCGAGGAGUGGAGGGCGAAGGCGACCGACCUCGUGACAGACUUCCGGGCGGACUGGAAGAGCGCGGUGUGCAAGCAGAUGGACGCCGCCCUGGCGAGCACCGACUACACCCAGCUGAACCGGCUGCUGGACGGCGCGGGGCCGGCCUUCUUUCUGGAGUCGAACAGCGUGCCGGAGUCCAUGCAGAAGGCUGCACAGAAGGUUCAGGUGGCCCAGCGGCAGCUGGCGGACGCCAUCGCCUCCGAGGCGGACAAGCAGCUCAAGGGCGCGCUGGUCGCCGCCGAGCGGCUGAAGGCCACCGACCUCCCCGAGUUCGCGGAGGCGGUGGACCUGUACAAGAGGGUGCGCAAGCUGCCCGAGGGGUGGGAUGUGGCCAAGAUGGUGCUUCAGCGGGAGGGGAAGUUCGCGGUCGCCAAGCUCCCGGUGAGCGACCCGGCGGUCAUUGCCAAGUUCCAGCGGCUGCUCGACGCGACUCACCGAACGGUGUACACGCGGGACCGCAUGGGGCAGGCGGUGCCGGAGCGGCUGGAGGUGGUGAGCGUCACCACGGUGACCAACGACCAGCUGUGGGGGGAGUACAUGGCCCGCCGGGAGGGCGUCCGCCGCGAGAUCGAGGCUGACCCCGCCGACUUCCAGGUGCACCCGGUGGACACGAUGGUCUCGACCGAUGUCGCGGACGUGAGGCCCGGCGAGCCCAUGGAGAGCAUCGUGGAGGCCCUCGCGACGGACUUCGGGGAGCCGAUGCGGGCGGACUGCAACGAGGUGUUCCUGUUCCACGGCACCAGCGCCAUCGCCGCCAGCAAGAUCACCACCGAGAAUCUGAGAACGAAUCUCGCUGGCUCCAACGCUGGCACGCUGUAUGGGCGCGGGGUGUACCUGGCCGAAAACGGCAGCAAGAGCGACGAGUACACGCGGCCCGGGGCAGGCGGCGAGCGACACCUGCUGCUCUGCCGGGCCGUCCUGGGGCGGGUGCUCUACUCCGACGCGGUGGCCACCAACCCCCGCGAAUGCGAGGACGCCUGCGUCAAGGGCAGGUUCCACUCCGUGCUCGGGGACCGGAGGAAGGCCCGCGGCACGUUCCGCGAGUUCGUCGUGUUCGACAAGGAACAGGUGUACCCCAACUGGAUCAUCACGUACAGGAGGAAGGACGCGGCCCCAACCGACCCGUCCCGCACCUUCCAGGUGGUGUGUCCGAAGGGCGCGCAGGGCACGGUCCUGCAGGUCAAGGCGCCGGACGGCAAGCUGCUGCAUGCGUUGGUGCCGCAGGGCUGCAAGGCCGGGGCAAAGUUCACGGUGCAGUACUGA